AUGCGGAACGAGAGCGCAUACUGCAUGGCUGUCAUGGUACCUCUUGCCGCCAAAUCUUCUAUAUUCCUACUACUUGUCUUGUCAAUAACAACACCUUACCUCACAGUCGCUGCCACGAUACUGGAGUCAAACACAUUGAGGCCAAAUAUUAAGCAAACAUGCGAGACUCUAAAGGCCACUGUGCUCACGUUCCUCCCGUCCUCGUCUAACUACACAGCCCUGGCAACAAAGAACUGGUCUGGAACAGCUUGGAGCAAGCCAUCCUGCAUUGUGCAGCCGUCAAGUUCCUCUCAGGCGCAGGAGGUUGUAUCAGUUCUCUCAAAAGGUGGGGUUUCUUUCGCCGUUCGCUCCGGUGGACACAUGCCAUCCCCAUUGGCGGCAAACACCGAUGGUGGCGUUCUGAUAGAUCUCUCUGGACUCAAGUCUAUUCAAUACGAUGCUAGGAAAUCGGAGGCAAAAAUUGGUGCAGGACUUAAAUGGGGUGAAGUUUACGCCGAGUUGGAACGAUCUAAGGUAACAGUUGUUGGCGGCAGAGUUCUGGAUGUUGGAGUUGGGGGAUUGAUCUUGGGGAGUGGUCUGUCUUAUCUAUCUGACCUCUAUGGGCUUGCAUGCGACAAUGUUGUCAACUUUGAAGUUGUUCUUGCGGGUGGGAAACUCGUCAAUGCCAGCGCCAGAGAGAAUCAAGAUCUAUUCUGGGCGCUUAAAGGAGGACUAAAUAACUUCGGCCUCGUAACCUCGUUUACAUUAAAGACCUAUUCGAUCUACCAAGUCUGGGGAGGAGUUAAGUUGUACAAUUACACAGACCUGCCUAAACUCCUCCGUGCAGCGAACGAAUAUCAGUCAACUCCGACUAAAGACCCGUACGCAAAUUUCAUGCUCCAAGCCUUCCCAACAAAUCAAUCAAUUGGCGUAGUACUGAACAUGGUCUAUCUCAGACCUGUUCCGUCACCCGCUGCAUUCGCACCAUUCUACAAUAUCCCCACGACGGGGGAUUUGACGAGAGUGCAGACGCUCAGGGAGAUGAUGAGUGGACAGGGCGUACCAGAUAUACCGAGAUGGGAUUGGCGAACGACGAGCUUUAAGCCUAGUGAGGGGGUAUAUGAGAGGAUUGAGGGUGUUCUUGCUGAAGCACCCGAGGUGGCUACAAUUGCAGGUUUGACCGGAGGUACAUUGGCUUUAGGAUUGCAGCCUAUUUCUACGUUGCUGGUUGAUGCAGGAAGAGAGAAAGGAGGAAACGCGUUAGGGUUGGAGAGGAUGAAUCAGACAUGGUGGGUGCUGGACACAGGACAUUGGCUCGAGAAAGAUGAUGAAGUUGCGCAUGAGGCGACGAAAAGGCUAAUCAACAAGAUCAAUGAUGAGGUAGAAGAGGAGCAAGCUGAGGUGGAUUAUCUUUUCAUGAACGAUGCUAGUUGGGAUCAGGAUGUUAUUGCGUCAUAUGGAGAGAAUAAUGUGGCAAAGUUGAAGGCUGUAAGAAGGAAGUACGAUCCGCAAUUCGUCUUCACGAACUUAGUCUUUGGAGGGUUUAAGUUAGGCUAA